AUGAUAAAAAGAAAGGAAAAACAGAUAAAUCUAAAGGAUCAAAAAAAGCUAAACCUGCAGCUAAAAAGGGAAAAUCAAAAGUUGACUAAGAUGACGAUGAUGAUGACGAUGAAAUUAAAGAAGAAGAUUCUUAUGAUGUUACAUAAGAUUUCUUACCUGGAUAAAAAUUUGUAACUCCUGAUGAAGAUAACGGUUUAAGAGUUUUUUAUGAAACCUUAAAUAGAUAAAAACCUAGCAGCGAAAUGGCCCUAAAAUAUUGUAUGGAAAAUGGAUUACUAAAAGAAGCUGACGCUAAAAAAGCUUUUGCAAAGUUUAGUAAAAAGAAAAAAUGAAGAAUUAAAUAAAAUAAUAUUUUUUUUAGGUAUUUUUAGUUUAAGUGUAAAUUAUUUUAGUUAUAUAUAGCAUGUUUUAGAUUAUAAAAUAAAUAUCAUAAACAUAUUCACUAAAUUGAAGUCAAAAUACUUAAAGCUUAAAUAUUUACUUGCUAACCAAAUAGCCUUCUUAUAAAAGAAACAAUAAUUGAUAUUAGUAUUUGAGUAAUUAAGUAAUGUUAUUUCUUGCUUAUAAUGGUAUUAAAUCUCAUAUACUCUCUUUAAGAUAUAUAUUAAAGAUAUUUCUAGACGCAUUUUUGGCAUAUGA